AUGUCGCCCAAGCUGAAGCCCUUGUUGCUGCCCCAACUCGUUGAAGAGCGCCGCAAGUUUGAGGACCAAUCCGCCCUCCCAGAAGGCGAUAUGGACGGCCAGUACGUCUACUGCACAACAAACUCGUCCUCUUCUGACGUUGCGUCACCUGUCACCCCGACUUUCUCAACUCGAGGACAUCUACGCUACUCCAGCUCGACCUCAUCUCUCGAUCUCCCCCCGCCAUUAUUGAACGACACCCCGUCCUCGCCAACUUCAACCGCUCAUACAAAGUCGUCCAAACGCCCCCUUCCUGAUGUGCAAGAGGAACCCGUGGAACGGGACGAGCCGGAAGAGAGCACCAUCCUGGUGGAUCAGUUUGAUCUAUACGACUGUCUAUGUGACGAGCCGUGCAUCCAUCACGAGAGCUCAGAAACACUCAGCGUCUACCCGGCCGACUUCGAUAUCGACUAUGACUUGGGUUUUGCCAGCGACAGCGAUUUUACCGCGACCCUCGAACGGAAGCGAAGUGACGCCGAGUCGUCCUUUUCUGGCUUGGCCACCCGCUUCGGAACGCGCUUCCCGAACUUGUCACGAUGGAAAUCUACUACAAAGCGCUCGCAAUUGACUGCUUCGCCUACCACUGGACUUUCAUUCGAGAAUGUCCACUCCGUAUCUCGCGCUGCAUCAAGUCGAUCCUCUUCCCUCUCCGGCCCGUCACGGCACAUGGACAGCAUCAGCGAGCCCCCGAUCCCAACCCCGGCCACCUCUGUUUGGGAAAGCAGGGAGAGCAUGGAUAUCCCUCCCCCCAUCGACAUCGAAAAGGCCAACAACGAAAGAGUCAGCAUUGAGCGUGACCGUGCUUUGGCAACGACGCCUCUGCUUCCCCCACUUCUCACCACCCCACCGGCUGAAGCCCCUCAUCCUAGUCCUCUCCAGUCUCCCACUGUAGCGCCUUCGCCGCUCCUGAUGAUGGACCUCCCCUCGUCUCAGUCGCUCUCUCACCUUCCUACGCCUGCACUCAGCACGAGGCCCUCUGUCUCUUCUUUCCGCCACAUGCAGUCCGGUCAAGAGCUCCCCAUCGGCUUCCCAUCCAUCGUGCAAGAUCGCGACGAGUGGUCCGACCGUCUAGGCCAUGCCAACUUCACCAUCACGCCCCAACCUUACCAGCCGGUCGAAGCCGAUAUGGAAUCUCUUCGCCUCCUGCGUGCAGACUGGGAAGCCGCUCGUAUCAACUACACGAAGCACCUAGUCCGCACGGGCGAGAACUAUGGCGAGACGUCGAAGAUUUACGCGCUGACUGAAGCGAAGUGGGCCGAGACAGAGAGGAGCUGGCGUACCUUCCACGAUCAGACGAUGGAAAACAUUGUCGCCACAAGCAAGACUAGCACCCAACGAUCGGACGUCUCUCGCAGCCGCAGCCGCGGGCGAGUCCGCGCGAGCAGCGGUGGCGCUGGCUUCUUGCGCCGGCCGGUUAACGAUGAUGAUGCCUUUGCCAACAUGCAAUGGCGGCGCCUCGAAGACGGCCUGCCUACCGCGAUUCCUCGUCUUGUUGAUGCCGAGGGCAAAUUCCCUGCACGCGGCGACGAAGACAUUGUCGGGCCUAUGGAGCGUGACACCAAGAUGAUUCGCACCAGAAGCGAGGAGCGUAGAAGCGCUCGGUUCUGGCGCGCCUUGGCUGAAAAGGUCGGCUUUCGCAAGUGA